UUAACGCAAAUUUUCGAGGAGAGCAACGUGAAAACCCAGCUAGCAGCUAAAAAAAAAGAUGGGCAAGAUCAAGGCAUACAAGAAGAUGAAGCAGCUUCAGGAGGAGAAACGUUCAGAACAGACACAGGAGCAAGUGCAUCUUAACAGUAGCAACGGAAUGGGAGUCUCAGAUAUGGAACAAUCAAUGGAGAUCGACGGCAAUCCGACUCUUGCACCUGAGGCCAACAAUUCCUCAAAGGCAAAGGCUCUUUCAAGACAGCAAAAACGUUUGGUCAAUGAGUUACGCCGCUUGAAUGCCAACAUUAUAAGUGCCGAUGCCAUAAAAUCUGAUGGCAACAAGCCGUUAAACGUACACGACAAGCUCAAUGCCAACCGAACGAAAUCUGAGAAGGACUUUAGCUCCACUUUGGUGAUAUGCGAUAAUAAGAUGGUGCUGAUCAACGAUUUGCAAGGCAAGAAGCGUCGCUGUACCAUGCGCCCAAAAAAGUAUGCAGACUUUUUGGGACCCAGAAUAGAAGGAAUACGCGAAGUUUAA